GGCAGGCGAGGCAAGCGAGCUGCGGGCGGCUGCUCGGCGGUGCUGGACCCGGUGGGACGCGGCAGGAAUCCUGAUUCUCUCUCUCCGGCACCCGCUCGGGUCGGACACAAAGUGCUGUCUAGCUGGAAUGAAUAUAUCUGAGUCUAACUACUGCCGAGAGGAGAUAUCGCAACCCCGGGGCGACUGUUCAUGGGUCACCGCCGCCGUGCCGGCCGCUGAGCCCGGGCUCGCCUUCCCGCGCCCCCCGGGAGCCGCCUCCCCCGCCAGCCGCACGCCCAGCCCCGAGCCCGGCUUCGCCUUCGGCCCCGGCCCCGGCGGCGCGGCCCCCGGCGCGGCCCCCAGCCGCACGCCCAGCCCCGAGCCGGGCUAUGGAUACAGCCCCCCGGCCGGCCGCCCCGAGGGCAAGGCCGCCGAGGACUCCCGCAUCCGCCGGCCCAUGAACGCCUUCAUGGUCUGGGCGAAGGAUGAGCGCAAGCGGCUGGCGCAGCAGAACCCCGACCUGCACAACGCCGUGCUCAGCAAGAUGCUGGGCCAGUCAUGGAAAGCACUGAGCGCCAGCGACAAGCGUCCCUUCGUGGAAGAGGCAGAGCGCCUGCGAAUCCAGCAUCUCCAGGAUCACCCCAACUACAAAUACCGCCCAAGGAGAAAGAAGCAAGCCAAGAAAAUCAAGAGGAUGGAACCCAAUAUCCUCCUGCAUAACCUUUCCCAGCCUUGCAGUGACAACUUCAGCAUGAGUCACCAUGGCGGCAGCCAGCCGGGCCACCCCCAGCCUCCCCCACUUAACCACUUCAGAGAACUCCACUCCAUGGGGUCGGAUAUUGAAAACUAUGGCUUGCCAACUCCUGAGAUGUCUCCCUUGGAUGUCUUGGAACAGACCGAGCCGGCGUUUUUCCCCCCACACAUGCAGGAUGACUGCAACAUGAUGGCCUUCCGCGGCUACCACCACCAUCACCAGAUGGAGUUUCCCCAGGAGAAGUGCAUGGGGCGGGACGUGGCCGUGCCCUACACUCAGACCCCCUCACACUUGGCCGACGCCAUGAGGACUCCUCAUCCCUCCAGCCUUUACUACAACCAGAUGUGCUCAGGAACUCAGAACGGGCUUUCCGCCCACCUGGGCCAGCUGUCUCCCCCUCCUGAAGCCCACCACAUGGAGAGCGUGGAUCACUUGAACCAAACCGAGCUCUGGACAGACGUUGACCGCAAUGAGUUUGACCAGUAUUUGAACAUGAGCAGGACUCGUCCCGAAGCCUCGGGCCUCCCUUACCAUGUCUCCCUGUCCAAAGUGACUCCUAGAAGCAUCUCCUGUGAGGAGAGCAGUUUGAUAUCUGCCCUGUCCGAUGCCAGCAGUGCUGUUUACUAUAGCCCCUGCAUCACCGGUUAGGUUGACCCCACCAUCCAAUGCGUGCACCAGGAGAGCCCCGACUCUCCUCUAAAAAAACGAAAAGCCAUCUUUCUUUAACCACGAGCUCCAUCAUAUUUAGAGUAUCUCAUUAAAUGCAUCGCUUUCUUGUUUGUUCUUUUUUUAUUUUGAUUUUUUUAAAUUUUUUUUAGAGACAGACCAUGCUGAACUCACUGAUAUACCGUAUAACUAUAUAACACAGAUAGACGCCUUUCCCCGCCGUGCUCCCCGCUCCAGCCCUCGGCAGGGCACAUCUCCAGCUCCCACCAGCUCCAAGGGCAUUUUCAAGUCAAUUCCAGUAAAUCCUGCCUGAAACAAUCACACCAGGAUGAGCCAAAGUGUGACCUGUCCCCAGUAUUUAACCCAAGGACAGGCAAACUUUUAGGGAGGAAAAAGCUUUUAGAAAGACUUUGCCGGGGCUGUUAAAGAGUCGGCGCCCAUUAGGGGUGGGCUUUAGGACAGUUUUUACUGUAUUCUCAGCAAUAUAUUUUAAUUGGGCAACAAAACUAUAUUUUUACUAAGCAUUUUUAUAUAUAAAAUGGUAUUUAAUGUCUUUUGGGGGUUUUUUUAUUAGACUUUUUAAAAAGAAAUCAAGGGAUAUCCAUGAGAUCUAAAGCAUUUAUGUAGCAAAGCUGGAUUUAAAGAAAAAAAAAAAAAGGAAGGGGGGAAAAAAGGAGAUAUUUUGUGAAAAGGGAAUGCUAAUGUAAAUAUUGAGGAACAACUGACUGGAAUUUUGUACAAAAGAAAAAUAUGACUGCAAACACUUUUAUUGUCUAGAACUGUAUGGAGAGCAAACUGUUUUAUUCUGGUUAAUUAUUAAAACAUCUUCAUAUAAUUGUUCCCAUCUUGUGUGCUUGUUGUGUGAACACAUAUUUUCCGCAAAUACAUGUUGUCCCAACCAUUUCCAGAUUUUUGUAUCCGUUGAUUAAUGUUUUGACAACCUGGCAAAUGUAUUAAUUUCCAAGCUGCCGCCCGCCCGCCCCAUCAGCCGCCUCGGGCUCCGCGAGCGCGGCUCUGCUCGGCUCGGCACAGG